ACUAAUCUCUGUACGUGACUUAUAGGAACGUAAAAACUAAAAACAUCCAAUUCACUUUAAUUUCCACGUAAGAUGGAAUCAAUAAAAACAGAUAAUACACCAAAACAGGCAAUGACAUACAUUUGUGGUGAAUGUCAUUACGAGAACGAAAUUCGGUCGAGGGAUCCUAUCCGUUGUCGAGAAUGUGGUUAUCGUAUUGUAUAUAAAAAACGAACUAAGCGACUUGUUGUAUUUGAUGCUCGUUGAGAUCUCAAGAUUAAGCAAUGGACUUGUAUCAUUGGAUUAUCACAUUUAAUGAAACCCAAAGCUUUGAACUUUUUUAUGAGUUUUUAUUAAUGAUUAAUGUAUAUGAAUAAUUUGGUACUGUACAAUACUGAUAACGUGAAUUAAAUUAGUUGCUUAUUAUGAAACACAAUUUCAUAAAAGCAUUGAUUGAUAAUAUUUUUAAUGUUAAUGAUAUUUAAGACGUGCAAAAUUUAGUUUGAAAUAUCUACGACCUGUCGAUUUCUCUGACUCCAGUAGGCAUUGACUUUUUUUAAUGCCAUACUUGCACUAACACUGUUUACCAACUAAGAAUUUUGCGCUACUUACAAAAUAUUAUGAAGAUUCCAUGUGAAUAGUUGUGAGUUGACAAAAAAUUAGAUAUAAGCUGAUUUGCUAAUUUAUGAGUAAAACGUACUGAAUAACAUCGUUGUCACACAUCAUUUUUUAUGAUUAUAACACACUAUCAAAUCCUUGAAAUAAUGUAAAAGUAUACUUGUUCAACUUAAAGGUUCAAAAAACGUUUUUAAUUUUAAUUAGGCUUAAGAAAACUCUAGGUUUUUCGAUUAAUUAGUUAUGUGGAACAGUAAGGGUUAUAAUGAGAUUUAGUUAAAAUUUUUCUUGAUCAUCGUUGCUACGUAUUUUCCGAUUCUCUCAUCACAAUUGAAAUAAAAAAAGUUUAAUAUUUUUGUAUAAAACAGA